UGUGAUUGACGUCACUGCUGGAAAGCAAGAUGGCAGCGUUGGUUCUGUAGACACUCGACCGACACCGGAACCGCUGUGAGAUUUAUGUUUAUAAAGACUUUAAACGUUCUGACUGAUCUCCGAUAACCGAUUAUACCGAGAGAGACACGUGACAUCCCGCGCUGAGGAUGGACGGCGCGGGAUUUAUGGACACUGUGGAUCAGACUUUAUCCGAACUGGGCGAUGAGUUCACACUGGGAGACAUCGACGAGAUGCUGCAGUUUGUCAGUAAUCAGGUGGAUUUCCCAGAUCUCUUUGAAGAUCAGAUGGGCGGCACCGGUGGCUCUUUGGCCCCUCUACGUGCAUCUCCACAGACGGCCCAAAACGCCAUACUGACCCCUCCACACACCCCCGUGCAGACCAACAGCCAGACGCAAACCCGCACACCACCACUGCUGCAGCCCAGACCACAACCCAUUACACAGGUGCAGACGUUUCCUGUGCAGACGCUGGCUGUGCAGACGCAGGCGCAGCCACAAACGGUGAUGAUCACUCCAACUGCCGCAGGACCUCGUUUCAUUCAGAACCAAGUCAUCUGUCAGCAGAACCCAAGCGCAAGCUUUCAGGUCCUCCAACCACAGAUGCAGAGCAUUAUGACAUCACAACAGGUUCAGCCAAUGACAAUCCAGCACCAGCGUGUGUUGACUUCGACCGGUCAGACGAUCCAGACGCUCUCCACCGCACCUGCCACUGUGCAUACGGUGUCUCAACAACUGCCUAUCCGGCUAUUGUUGUUGCCGGAAAAACACGGAGAGGAGUGCGUUUUCUCCGUUAAUGUUAACAGAAUGGAGAACAGACAUUCAGCGGAGCAGGUGUUGGUGCACCAGCCUCAGAUCUUGAAAACAGAUUCUUUGGUUCUGACGACACUUAAACCGGACGGGACUCGAGUUCUCUCGACGGUCCAGAACCCAACGGGCAUCACCACCCUGACCACACCCAUACAGACCACCGCCCUACAAGUUCCUACAUUAAUGGGCAGCAACAUUCUGACCACUGUCCCCGUUAUGAUGGGAGGCGGAGACAAACUGCCAAUCAAACAGAUGUCACCCAGCAGCAACACCCACAGUGGAUGCAGGACCAGUAUGGCUAUGGAUCAGGGCAUGGCCGUUACCACGGGAACAGGAGUCGUCGUAAAAGAGGGCGAGAGAAGGACAACGCACAACAUCAUAGAGAAACGCUACCGUUCAUCCAUAAACGACAAAAUCCUGGAGCUCCGUGAUCUGGUCAUGGGCAAUGAUGCCAAGAUGCAUAAGUCUGGCAUUCUGCGUAAAGCCAUCGAUUACAUCAAAUACCUGCAGCAGGUGAACCACAAACUCCGACAGGAGAACCUCACACUGAAGAUGGCCAAUCACAAGAACAGUAAGUCACAUGACCCUUACACGUACAUAAUGACAUCAUCAGUCUUCAGUGACAUCACUCACGUCUCUCUCUCUCUCUCUAUAGAGUCUGUGUGUCUGUCUGAUAUUGAUGAUCUGAAGCCUGAGGCAGCGUUUAUUUCUCCUCCUCCGUCUGAUUCGGGUUCCAGUUCUCCAUCUCAGCUCUCGCCCUUCUGUGUGGACUCAGAGCCGAGCAGUCCACUGAUGGACAGCGAGCAGAUGAUGAAGAGUGAGCCGGGCUCUCCGUCUUCAGUCGGUGUUAUGGAUCGAUCUCGACUCCUCCUCUGCGCUCUGACGUUUCUCUGUUUAUCUCUCAAUCCUCUGCCGUCUCUGUUGGGUUCGGAGGAGCGGUGGAGUCCGUCUGUCGCUCACAGAUCCUCUCGCUCGCUCUCCUCACUCAACGAUCACACGCAAGACUUCGUGGAGUGGCUGUGGUUUGUGUUGCCAUGGUUUCUGGUGUGGGUUCUGAGCGGGGUGGGCGUGGUCUGGGGGUGUGUUCGAGUUCUGUAUCUCUGGGAACCGGUGACGCCUCUCCACUCGCCCAAAUCAGUACGCUUCUGGAGACAUCGCAAGCAGGCCGACCUGCAGCUGAACAGGGGUGAUUAUUCAGGUGCGGUUGUGAGUCUUCAGACGUGUUUGUCAGUUUUAUCCAGAGCUCUGCCCACCACCACACUCGACAUCACAUGCUCUCUCUCCUGGAAUCUGAUUCGCUACUGUCUACGAAAGCCCGCCCCUCUGGGCUGGCUGGUACGUUUGGUUGGUGGAAAGCAAGAAGGGGAGGAGUCACAGAUGAGCUCACGGGACGCAGCGAUGGUCUAUCAUAAACUCAAUCAACUACAGCUCACAGGUAAGCUGGAGCGCAGUCCUCUGUGGGGUUUGUGUGUUUCUCUGAGUGCUGUGAAUCUGACUGAAAGUGCAGAAGAGAAGAUUACAGUCAGUGAUCAGAUUGAGAUCUUUGUGACAGCAGCAAUGAGCCUGAGAGCAGCACUGGGGAAACAUCUCACCUCUCUACCUGGUUAUUUGUUAAGUUGUGCUGAGAGUUUGGCCUGUCAAUCAGACUCUAAGCCCCUCCCAGACUGUCUGCGCUGGAUCUUUACACCUUUGGGCCGUCAGUUUUUCCUGAGCUGUGAUUGGUCAGUGAGGUCAGAGAGCAGCGAGCAGAUUUUCACCUCUCAGAGAGAUGAAGCCGAUCCCAUCGCACAACUGCACCGCUGCUUCUGUGAGAAACUACUAGAGAGAGCUGUACACACACUGAUAGAGCCACAAAACAACACACACACAAAGGAUUCUGGAGAGUUUUCAGGAGUUUUGGAGUUUCUUCAGUUAUUGAACAGUUGCACUGAAGACUCCACCCCCUCUUCUGCCCCCUUCCCUACACUGGCCAAUCACAACACAGCACCAGUGAGAGACCCUGUGUGCCGUUGGUGGGCGUUAGUGCUGAAGGCUGCAGUUCAUUGGCUGCAGGGUGAUGAUGCGUCUGUGAGGUCACUGCUGUCAGAGGCGGAGCGAAUCCCCCGAGCCCUUCAUACUCUAGAUCAUCCGCUGCCGAAGGCGGUGCUGGCGUUGUGUAAAGCGGUUCAGAUGAGCGUUUGUCCUCAGAAGGGUGAGGGGAUCUCCAGCUGUCUCACUCACUGUCAGCGCUCCAGUGCUCAUCUACACAUCAGUGUGUCACAGUCUCACAACAACACCUGGCUACACAAGGGGGUGGAGCUUCUGGUCUGUGAUCUUCUUCUGACUUUGAGAACCAGCCUAUGGCAGCGUGGGGGCGUGUCUAACGGAGAGCCCGGCCCCGCCCCUGGAUCCCAGUUGGCCGGAUUCCAAAGAGACUUGAGCUCUUUACGGAGACUCGGACAAGCUCAUAGACAGGCUCAGCACAAGCUGUUUCUUCACGAGACGACAGUCAGACUGAUGGCCGGAGCCAGUCCCACACGUACACACCAACUACUGCGACACAGAACGCACAACUACACAACAGCAGCAGAUGGCGAGCGUGAGAGAGCUCACGUCAUACUGCUAGCGUGUCGUCACCUGCCGCUGCCGUUACUGACGCCUCCCGGUCACCGCGCUCGGCUGCUGGCCGAAGCCAAACGGACGCUGGAGAGAGUCGGAGACCGACGGUCACUGCAGGACUGUCAGCAGAUUCUCCUGCGUUUGGGUGGAGGGACCACCAUCGCUGCAUCAUAAUCACACACAAACACACAUCAUGUGUCAGCUCGUAUUUCACCUCACAUCAGUGUGUCACAGGCUUGAGAAGACACAUUUCACUACGAUACAUCUUCACCUUCUCUAGUUAGUGUCCUCACUAUCAUUACAGCUAAGAGUUGAGAAAUAUGUCAGCUAGUUUUGAUCUUCUCUGUCUCAAGAUUAUUUGAGCGUGAUUUGUUGCAUUCACACAAUGUGUUCCAGACAGGGUUUAGAUUAAUCCAGGACUUGCCAGUAGUUAUAAUAGGACAUUUAAGUAAUAAAAAAAUGGUGUACAAUUGAGACAAAACAAUAGCACUGAAAUAUUUGAAGAAGUUGUUUUCAGUUAAGACCGAUCAAAAAAACAUUUCAGGCUUGGACUAGACCCUGUCUGGGAAACCCCCCCCCAUGUGUUUCAAACAAAUGACAAACAAAAAACACAAAUGCAACGUUAAACUUCUAGUGUUGAGACAAAGUGUCUUUGAAUCGUCUUAAACAGUUUUAUAGACCGAUACAGACUCACAGCCAAUAGAUAAUUUGGUGGAAAUUGUGCUAAUGUCACUGCAAAAACACCUAAAUAUGGGCUGAAAAUUAUUUUUUUUUAUUUUUGUUUUUUAUGUUGCAGUGAGUUAUAGUGUUACACAAACACACACACUUUAUUCAUUCAUUUGCUUGACCUGUAUGGUAGUCGUGAUGUGUAUAUUUGAUGUUUAUUAGUUGCACUCAAAAUACACAAACACACUAUUGGUUCAGAGCAGUUUAUAUGAAAAGUUUGGGUCCAAAACCAGAUAACUCUGCUUUUAAAAUGUUUGUCAAACAUGUUUAUUAUUAUGUUACCAUGUUUUUAUUGUGCUACUUAGCUGUAUUUUUUAGUUAUAAAGGCUUAAAUCAAAACAAACCAACUGCAGUUUGAUUGAUAUUAAUUGAAAAACACAAUCAAAAAAAUAUUUAAAAAAACGAGUUAUCACAUUUUGAACCCAAACUCUUCAUAUUUAGCAGCAUCCUCAGCUACCUCACACUCAUACACACACACACACAUAUAAAUACACACUUAAACACACACACCUACACAUGUUAACACACUCGUACAAACACCUAUACAUAUAAACACACACACACAUGUAUGUUGUACAGAAGUGUGUAGAGACCAAAGUCUUGUAGUGUUUAUGAGGGAUAAUUGUUGAGUUUCACAUGAUGAUUUUAAAUCUUAUGUGUCAAGCGCUUUCUUAUGUCUUCACUUAUAUUUGUGCUUUUGCUUUAUUAGUAUUUUGUGUUAUUUGAUGAAGAUUAGAUCAGGACUUUUAAUACAGCUAUACCAGACAGAUCAUAUAAAGGUUUUGUGUUUAUAUAAACACACAGACAGAUGUCAAUCUUAAUGGAGGAAUGUUUGUGUCUUUAUUGUUUUUGUCAUAAUUUAAGUGUUCAAGGUUCUGCUUGUGUUUUAAACACUUUGACUUAUUCAUGUUUGUUUCUUUGUGUGGAUUUUUACUUCUAUUUGAUUUGUUGUUGUUUUUUAAUAAAACUGCAGAUGCCAUUGAAGAACCA